AUGGUUGAGACAAAGAAGAAGAAUAAGGAUGUUGUUGUGAAUGAGGAGGAGGAUGACAGCAGCAGUAUAAGUAGCGGCAGUAUAAGCAGUAGCGAUAGUAGUAGUAGUGGAAGUGAGUCAGAGUCAAAGACAAAGGCAAAGAAUGAUUUGAAGAGGAAACAACGUAAAUCAUCGUCAUCUUCGUCAUCAUCAUCUGAGAGUGAUGUCAAGCCAAAGAAGAAACAAUUAAAGAGAACAAAGGAUGAGUCAUCAUCUUCAUCAUCAUCAUCCUCAUCAGAGGACGAAUCUGCAAAGAAUAAGAAGAAGGCUGCUGUUGUCAAGUCAGCACCAGCAACAAAGAAGAAGGUCGAGUCAGAAGACGAAUCAUCAUCAAGCUCAUCAUCAGAGGAGGAGGUGGCGGUGCCAGUGAAGGCUGCAGUGUCGUCCACACCAAAGAAGGUUGUGGCUGUGUUGGAGGAGUCUGAAUCAGAGUCCGAGUCAGAGUCAGAGGAGGACACCAAGAAGAACAAGAAGAAGACAGUGGAGUCGCCAAAGUCAGAGUCGGAAUCCGACAAAUCCGAGUCAGAGUCAGAAUCAGAGCCAGAGAAGAUGGUAGAGACAAAGACAAAGACAAAGACAAGCACGAGCAAACAAGAAGACAGUGACGAGAAAAUGGACACAACAUCAUCAUCCUCAGAGGAUGAGAAGGAGGAGAAGAAGGAGGUGAAGAAGGUGCAGGAGAAGCCAUCAAACAAGAACAAGAAAGACAGCGAUAACGAACAAGAUAGCGAUGAAGAUGAUGACGAUAAAGAUAGCGAUGAUGAUGAUGAAGACGACGACAAACAAAGAUUCGAUAAACUAUCAGACUCUGAAGAGGAGAAAGAGCCAGUGAUCAUCAAUGAAGAGGAGCUAAUCAAGCAGACCAAGCCCAAGAAGUUCAACCCUGUCCAAUAUAUAUCCGAUCUAGAUGAUGUCACCAAGUUACUCAACCGAGUUGAGAACCUCGAAUAUCCCACAAAGAAUAGAGUCAACAAGAAGACAACAGAGGAGAAGAAUAAGUUCUUGGAGAGGACGGCAUCACUGUCGACAAAGGUACUGCUACUGAUGCGUAGAGUGUUGUCACAUCACCAGAAUGAAAGGAUGCCACUAUCACAUCUAUUACAACAACUGUCCUUUGGUGACAUGUCCUACAGUGAUCUCACACUUUGGAAGGAUAUCUGCAAGAUCAAUCAAGCGUCUGCCAAUGCAGCCGAUCAACUACUCCUAAAACAACAUACCAACAGACUGGAAGAUGAUGCCAAUGGUGGUGUCAACAAUGUGAAUCAAUUGAAUGCAAUGCAACAUAAUCAGAUGACGAACAAGACAUUCCGUGACUUCUUCAUUGAAAGAUUGACGAAUGAGUUUGGUGACGACAUUGACAAGAUGAGAGGCGAUACGGUGUACGACGAUAGGAUGCUGUCGGUGAUCUUGGAGGGCAUGGAAGUUGGGAUUGACCUGUACUCCUUGGCAGACAAGCAAAUGGUCCUGGACAACCACAACUCUUCAGCGGUGGUGGUGUCCAAGGGCGUAUCCAGCGCAAGCAAUGGUGGUAGCACGACCAACACCAACACCAACACCAUGAACAACAACAUCAACCAUCAUCAUCAACAAACCGAGAUUUCAUCAAAGAAGAAGAAAGACACAAGUACCAGCAAAGCAUCGAGAAAGUAG